AUGACUGCCGGAACCCGAGACCCUAGCACGCUCUCCAACUAUGGCGCCUGGCGCACCACGCACACCACGACCAACUUUACCCUGGACUUUCAGAACAAGAAGCUCGUAGGCUCGGUCAUUCUCUCGCUGCAGUCGCAAACGGAGCGCGAGAGCAAAGAAGUCGUCCUCGACUCCAGGUUCGUGCACGUGGAUGCUGUCAAGGUCGGCGACAAGCCCUUGCAAUGGGACCUCAAGCCCUUCACGGAGCCGCUCGGUGCGCCGCUGCACGUGUCCGUGCCCGAGGGCGUGGCCAAGGGCGACACCAUUGACAUGGUCAUUGACCUCGAGACGACGAGCAAGUGCACUGCGCUGCAGUGGCUGACGCCGGCGCAAACCUCCAACAAGAAGCACCCCUACAUGUUCUCGCAGUGCCAGGCCAUCAAUGCCCGUUCCAUCUUCCCAUGCCAGGACACGCCCGACAUCAAGUCGACCUUUACAUUCAACAUCACCUCUGAGCUUCCGGUUGUGGCCAGUGGUGUACCCGUUGGUGAUCACGAGGCCGCGCCCGGCAGGAGCAAGGUAUACACGUUUGAGCAAAAGGUGCCCAUCCCGUCGUAUCUGUUUGCCGUGGCCUCUGGCGACAUUGCAACAGCCAAGAUUGGGCCUCGAUCUGUGGUCGCCACAGGACCUAAUGAGCUCGAGGCUUGCAAGUGGGAGCUGGAGCGGGACAUGGAGAAGUUUAUGGAGAUUGCGGACAAGCUGGUCUUUCCCUACAAAUGGGGCGAGUACAAUGUCCUGGUCCUGCCUCCCAGCUUCCCCUACGGAGGCAUGGAGAACCCAAUCUACACCUUUGCUACCCCUACCAUCAUCAGUGGAGAUCGUCAGAACGUCGAUGUCAUUGCCCACGAGCUGGCACACAGCUGGAGCGGGAACUUGGUGUCCAACUCUAGCUGGGAACACUUCUGGCUGAACGAAGGCUGGACAAUGUACCUCGAGCGCCGCAUCCAGGCCGCGAUUCACGGCGAUGCCGAAUUUGAUUUCUCCGCCAUUAUUGGCUGGAAAGCCCUCGAGGAUGCCAUCGAGCAGUUCAAGGACAUCCCCGAGUACACCCAGCUGAUCAUCAAGCACGACAAUGUCGAUCCCGAGGAUAUCUACAGCCAGGUGGCCUACGAGAAGGGGUUCCACAUGGUCUACUACCUCGAGACCGUCGUCGGCCGCGAGGCCUUUGACAAGUUCAUCCCGCACUACUUCACCAAAUGGUCCGGCAAGUCACUCGACUCCUGGGAAUUCCGCGAUACCUACAUGGACUUUUUCAAUAACUUUGGCGACGAGGGUAUCAAGAAGAAGAUUGCCGAGAUCAACUGGGAGGACCGUCUGCUCUCCCAAGGCCUGCCCCCCAAGCCUCAUUUUGACACCAGCCUGGCGGACCAAUGCUACAGCUUGGCGAAGAAGUGGGAGACGGACUUGUUUGACCCCAGCCCGGACGAUGUCAAGGACUUUAAUGCCAACCAGAAGAUUGUGUUCCUUGAUGCCUUGACACAAGGCAAGCCCCUGAGCGCGAGCCGCGCGCGGCAACUAGGCAAGGUCUACGAGCUCAGCGCCUCGCAGAAUGUGGAACUCAAGUCCGCCUUCUACCAGAUUGCCAUCAAGGCCGAGGACGACACCAGCUACGCCGGUGCUGCCGAGCUUCUCGGCCAGGUCGGUCGCAUGAAGUACGUCCGCCCGCUCUUCCGUGGCCUGAACAAGGUAGACCGCCAGCUGGCUCUGGAGACAUUCGAGAAGAACAGGGAGUUUUACCACCCCAUCUGCAAGGGCAUGGUGGCCAAGGACCUUGGGAUCAAGGUGUAA